CAGAGUCAUCGGGGAGCAAGUUGAAUAAUCAGGUGCACGCGAAGACGACAGGGGAAAGAAAGCAUUUAUCGUGCAUCAGACAAUGCAAGACUACCGUAAUAUAAAAUAUUAAAAGGAAAGUAUACGCGUGGCAUUGGGAAACACAAAGGCACCGAUUAUUGGAAUUAUAAACAGUUUCAUACAAAGGGAAUGGAAUUAAUUUUAUAGUGAAAUGAUCACGGUGGGGAAAAAAACGUAAAAUGGGGGAAAAGUUAUGCAGAUUUACUCUAAGAAAGAAGUAUGUUGGAACUGUUUGUAUUGAAUUGGGAAUGCGAACUGAAUUAAAGAUUAACAAAGAAUUCCGAAAUUCAACUUAAAAAAACCCCACAUGAUUAACCAAAGAACUGCAAUUUCACACCGUUUUUGGAUCACGCGUGAGACUAAAUAGUCUAGGAAGGCAACGUUUUAACGCUGCUUUUGAAUAAUCUGUGUUUGGUUUGAUAACAAAAAUAAAUAAGAACUAUACAGCCUCUUUAGACUCUUCAUAGUUUUCAAUAAAUAUUUGUAGUUUAUUGCACAAGGAAAAAAGAAAAAGAGCAUCAGAAUGGAUAAAUUUCGUAUGGUUUUUCAGUUUUUGCAGUCCAACCAGGAAUCAUUUAUGAAUGGCAUCUGCGGGAUUAUGGCGCUGUGCAGCGCGCAACUCUACUCGGCUUUUGAUUACACCUGCCCUUGUUUACCAGAGUACAAUUUCUCUUACGCGAUUGGGAUUCUCGCGCUGCCCCCGUUCUUGCUGUUCCUGCUGGGCUUCGUCAUGAACAACAACGUGUCCAUGCUGGCAGAGGAGUGGAAGCGGCCAGUUGGGAAGCGCAGAAAGGACCCGGCGGUACUCCGUUACAUGCUCUGCUCUAUGACACAGCGGUCCAUGAUCGCCCCGAUUGUUUGGAUUUCGGUUACGUUGCUGGACGGGAAAUGCUUCGUCUGUGCCUUCAGCAUCAGUGUGCCGCUGGAGAAAUUCGGCAACGUCAGCGACCACGGGCUCUCCGAGAUUGAUAUGCUAAGGCUGCUUGCCAAAAUCCCCUGCAAGGAAAUCUUUGAUGGGCAUGCGGUGGUCUCCAGGGAUGUUGCAGUGAGAUACCUGCGCUGCAUCUCUCAGGCUUUUGGCUGGGCUUUUCUGCUGGUGACGACCAUACUGGCUUUCCUGGUGAGGGCAAUCCGUCCCUGCUUCACCCAGGCUGUCUUCCUGAAAACCAAGUACUGGUCGCACUACAUCGACAUUGAACGCAAACUCUUCGACGAGACCUGCACGGAGCACGCAAAGAGCUUCGCUAAGGUGUGCAUCCAGCAGUACUUCGAGGGCAUCAGCGGGGAGAUACGCCACAUCCACCAACAGCACAGGCCCCGGCACAACAGCAAGGAUUCGGAUGAGGAUCGCAAGGAUGAGAUCGAGAAGCUGCGGGGGGUCACUGACCAGGAGGACAUGAACAAGGUGCUCAAGAACUGGCACAACUGCAAACCACCUCUCAACAUAGGCAAGACGGUGUAUCAGAACGGUCAUGGGUGCACUAAGCACAAUAACCUGAACAACAAUUCAGCUCAACCCAGGAAAGAAGUCGUGGCCUACUACAGUAAGGUUUGAUUGGAACAAAAAAAUAAAUAGAGAAAAUAAUAACUAGAACUGGAGUCAUGUCAAUGACAUUGCACCAAAGGGAGAAUUCCCAUUGUGAUUCCAGUUCAGUACUCGCACUGCCCACUAGGGGUCAAUAUAAAGACGUGGAUGUGAUUUAUUGAGUUUGAUAUCAUAGGAUAUUUUUAAUUCAGGGAAGUGGGACACAUUUAAAAUAAUAAAAUAUUUCAUAAAAACUGGAAAAUGUAUACAAUGUGUUAUUGUUUGUGUUUUUUCUUUCUUUACAUUUUAAACAAAACUAAUUCAAGAAGCAUUUUAUAAGUGAUGUGCACAUAUUCAAGAUUUUGAAAAAAAGGUGCCAUUGAUGACCUAGUUGCCCUAGUUCUACCCAAACGCCACCCGAUCCUGGAUUCUUGUGACUGGUUCAAGAGAAAAAAUCAACUUGUACUGUAAUGUUUGUGCUAUAAAUCAAAACAUACUGGAGUUAUAACUGUAAAAAACUACCAUUUGGAACAGUAACUUUGUCUUUUAUAUAAAAGCAAAAAAAAGAGGGAGGCAGACUACACUGGAGUGAAUAUGAAAUGAUAAGACAGACAUUUCGAUUUCUGAAUGUUAACUUUUUCUCUGGUGGACUGAAUAAAUCAAUACCAAAAUGUGUUUCCUGAUAUUAGGAUACAUUCAGCAGUCUGUCAAUAAACAUAAAUUAAUGAACUUUCUAUGUCUGCAUGUUUGCAUUGAUUAUGGGUGUCCAUUCUAUUGCUCUAUUGUUUUGUUUUUAAUUUCAUAAAUAGGCCAGUAGGCCAACUGUAUCAACAUUGCUUUUGUGCACAAGUCUUUUUCCUGUGAUGAGACACAGAAAUUGGGAACCAUCUGUUCUACAGCUGUUAUAGUUGCUGGGGAUAAGAAAGCCUGGGAUUCUGGUCUCUUGCAGUAAAACAGCACAAAUGAUGCUCUGAUGGGUACUGUGUAUAAAUAUAUUCAAGUUAAGUACAACAUAAUCUCUAGUAAGACCACAGAGGGAGUGAAUGACAUUGAUUUAAUAGACAUAAUGUAGGGCCAUGUUAGCAAUGUGUUUACUGUUGUUUUUAAUUAACAUCUAUUACAAUCAAUGAACCGUUUCUGUUUUUUAGUACAGUUUUACAGUGAAACGGUCUUGUAGUUUCAUGUGAGCUAACACUGACCUGCUUAAAACCAGCUCUGGUUAUUUUGGGGAACAGUCACAAUACACAUGCUGCUGGUAAGUGAUCAUUUUGUGGACUCACCACUUCCCCCUCAAGCUCAUUUCCCUUUCAUGUCCCUGACAAUAAACAAAACUCAGCUGUGUAUCCUGGGGCUAAUGAAACCACUAUGACAGGCUGGUUUUGCAUUGCUUGACCCCCAGCUGUUCACACAGGUAAAGCUGCAUCCAAAACCAAUGUUGUUUUUUAAAUCGGAAACUUAGCAAAUCUCACAGGAGCCUCCUGUCAGUCAUUUACAUACAUGAAAAUAAAAAUCCUGGACAUGCAAAUCCAUAUUCAGAGCGAUAAGCUUGCCUUUU